UCAACGCAGAAAAUUUCUGAUAGUACUGCUAUUUUAAAUUAAGUGUUUAGUUUUGAAAUUUUUAUUGAAAUGGCCGAACUUUGAUAUGAAGGAAAGAACAGCUAAAAUUUUAAACGAAACUGGGAUUUUAAAACUUUUGGAUUUAAGGAGCAUAUCAUUUAGUACCUUUCACUAUAAUACUCAAAUCUUCAGUUUAUGGUAUCCAAAGUAAAGAAAUUAUUCAUUUAAAAGGAUGAAUCUCUUUUUCUCAAUGGCAGGAACGUUUUAUCCAGGUUAAUACAACACCCUAAGGAUUUGCGGUAAAAAAAUGAGCAAGGAUAAAAAAUGGAAUGUAUGUCAAGAAAAGAUUGCAAAAUAUACAUAUUGGAUUAAAAUCAUUGCACUAGAAAUUUUGAUGGUAGUUUUUGGAUUCGGAAAUUCUGUUCGCAACAGUUACACGGACAACUUAUUGUACCGUAGAAUAUGUAACGAAUACUUAAAUAAUGACACUUACCUGUGUUUUGCAAUUCAAAAUAAGGGCAAUUUAACGAAAAAGUAUUUUGAAAUUAAAGACGUGUUAGAUUUUGCUACAACACAUACCUUUGUAAUGAUUGGAAUGAGAAUUUUAGCUGAAUUUUUUUCGUCGUGCUUUUUAUGCUCUUGGAGUGACAAAUAUGGACGAAAACUGUCAUUAAUUCUGGCAUUUUUGGGCGGAAACUUGGACGUCUCAUCAUUUUUCUUUAGAAAUAUUCCUAUGGUAUAUUUCAUGUGGUCCAUUUACCUAACAACAAUUUUCUCUGGUUUUUUCGGGAGUUUUAUAUGCAUAUUUGCAAUGACGUACAGCUACGUGUCAGAUCAUUCUUCAUUAAACUACAGAACACUGAAGUUCACAACAGUAGACGUAUCAUAUAUGUUGGGGGAAAUAAUUGGUGUUAGAUUUUUCGAAAAUGUUCCUAUGAAAGAUAUAUUACGUGACAGCUUUCUAUAUGUUAUUUCUGUAAGGAUAUUUUCCAUAAUGUGGAUCUGGUUUUUCUUUGAAGACAGAAAUUUUGAUGGGAAAGGACAUCAAACUUCAAAAAAAUUUAAAACACUUUUCAUGAUAUCUAACACGAAAGAAUGUUUUGCUUCAAUAGGAAAAUGGAGAAAGAAGUGUGGUAGAGAACAGAUGAGGUUAAUCAUAUUCUCAGCAAUGCCAAUUAUGGUUGCUUAUGGAUUGAUUGAAGGAGUGAGGAUGACAAAUUCGCAUCAUUCCAUGCUCUUCAUUAAUAUCAUCAACUACAAGAGAGUAACCGAAUACUUUGCUAUUUACACCUGCCUUUCUGAAAUAGUAGUCAUCUUGUUCUCUCAAUACAUUUACCGUAUCAGCGACGCAGUUCUUGGAGUUUUGGGCUUCAUCAACCUCUAUCUCUACUUCUCUCUUGCAGCAUUUUCUUCCAAUAAUCUCACUUUCAUUGUAGCUUUGAGUUUGGCACCUUUAAAAGCAUUUGCGAUAAUCGCUCUGCGUUCUUCAUACUCAAAAAUAAUUGGAGAAGACGAGAGAGGAAAAGCAUUUCUUUUUCUUUCCACCAGCGAAGUUUCUUCAACCCUUUUUGGAUACUUCUUGCGCGUGAAACUUCAUUUCGUUCUUGGUGCUACAUUCCCUUGUCUGCCUGAAUUAAUUAUUUGCACAUUCCUGAUCAUUCCCUUUUGCACUUUCAUGUUUCAGAUGAUGUCUAUCAACACAGGACAUCUUUUCCAGCUAUGCUACAGGAAGGUGAAAAUAAAAUCUCGUCAGCCAUCCUUUAGUGAGUCAGAGGAAUCGAUGCACUCCGAAUCUACCUCAGUCAGAUGAAAUGUAACAACCUAAGAAGAUUGCGUAGAAAGUGGAACGUAUUCUCUUUGUUCUGGAGUUGUACUCUAAAACGCAGAGUUAGAAAUUUGAAUUUUUUCCCCUUGUUUGUUGGACGCCCAGUGUGGAAAUUCUAAAAAUAAUUUUCAAAAUUAUGUAAAAUAUGGUUUUUAUAAAAAUGUGUACAAUGUAGGAUAAUGUGAGCAGAUGUAUUAAAGUAUGAUU